AUUUGCCAAUGCGUCAGUCGAAUUCAGCGGAUGACUUUCGGUCGCAAGCACGGAGUGCUAGCGACGCUUCAAGGGCAAGAGGUACCUUGGAGGAAAACCAUGGCUAGUUGGUGGUUUGGAACGAGUCUCGGCCCGAGACCUUCCAGCCGUGGUGAGGCUGAGCUAGCUAACUCGGGAGUUUUCGUUCACCAUGAAAGGUUCAAAGGGACCAACUAUGGAAGAUUUGCAAUGGCUUUUCACCCCAAACUGGCAAUCUACCCCCAUUGGGUCCAGGGUGUCAGUUGUGGUGACUGACAUCGUAUGGCAUGGUUCGACAGGUGUUGGAAAGGUUACCCCGGGUGAGCAAAGAACUAGGGUAGUUGGACUUGUCCCCCCGGAAGCUUUUGGGGUCUCCACAGUCACGCUGCUGUCUGCCACGUUCUUGGACUUGUCGCCCAUGGUGGAAUUGUCCGUUGAUGCCUCCAGUUCUGUCUUGUGCCACAGUCUGCCGCAGAUGUCCCAUGUCCAUAACUAUGUGGAGUUGUGUGCUGGGGGUGGAUUUUCGUCCCUUGGGUUUUCUCAUGUGGGUUUCAUGCCGAAGUGUGCAGUAGAGCUUCAGCCGAAGCUAGCAGCCUUGCAUAAGACCAUGCACCCGUCUGUCCCAGUCCUGACGGCAGACAUCACUGAUGAUAGCACAGCGGCAAAGAUACAUGCUAUCUGCCCAGAACCAGCGACGAUCAUGGCAGGAGUGGCAUGCCAGCCAUACAGCCGAGCUGGCAAGCAAGAGGGUGGACAGGACACCCGUGCAGCAACGUUGCCAGCCACACUCAAGAUGGCACACUACCUGCAGGCACCGGCUCUGAUCAUUGAGUGCGUUGUCCCAGCCAGGGAUAAUCAGUAUGUGACAGCUCACAUCCAAGCACUUGAACACCAGUUGAAGUAUCAUGUGGUCAACUGCACCAUGAAACUUGAAGAGGUUUGGUCAGGUCAACGAUACAGGUGGUGGCUCGUGGCAACUCAUAGCAGAUUGGGUCGAGUGAUCAUCCCUGCCUUUCCCAAAGGGUCCACGCUUGUUGUUAGAGACCUCAUGCCUUAUACCCGAAGAUGGUCUGAUGAAGAGGAAUCUCAACUGACCCUGACAGCCCAGGAGCUCGACCGGUUCCAACUUGGAGGUGAACCUUUGCGGAAGUACCUGGUGCAGGCUGACCAGAAACUCCCCACAGCCUUGCACAGUUGGGGAGGCCAAACACAAAGCUGCGCAUGUGAAUGCAGGCCUCAAGGUUUUGCAGACUACACGUUGCAAUCCAGGGGCCUUUUUGCCCAAUUGCUCCAGAUCCCAGGCUUAGGCAACCAAAUUAAGUAUCGCCACUUGCAUGCAAUCGAAGUUGCCAUCCACAACGGGGUGCCACCAAUGCAAACAUGGAGCUCAGAUGCCCGUCUCAACUUGUGUGCAGUAGGUCAGCUUGCCAGCCCUUUUCAUGCCACAUGGAUUGCCUCUGCACUGAAAGCCCAUGUUCAGAAACUGUUCACGCAUGAAGAACCCGUGGACCCUUUGCAGUCACUUGGAUCCUUGAAGCAAUUGGUGAUGCAGCAGAGCAGGGAAUUUUUCCCGACCAUCCCCAGGAUCCUUGGACAACCGUCCACUCAUGAGGACCCAGUUGAAGAGGCGUCCCAUCAGCUUCAAGUGUCUGAUCAUGCAGGAGUGACAUGGACUUUGGAACAUCACAGAAGUUGCACGGUUCGUCAAUUGAUUGAAGCUGAAUGUGAUCUCCUCAGGGUCCCAUUGUUCGAUGUUCAGGUUUGCAACAUGGAUGGUCAAGUUCUGCCAGACACAGCCAAGCUGUCCGAUCAACAUGGUGUGUUGUUGGUUAAGUCUUGGAUCAAUGAGCCUGCCGCCAUUACCAAACCACCUGAAGUGCCAUUCACACUUGAAGACCUGCAGCCAUGCCCAGAACAGGACGAUCCUAUCAGCCCAGUCGACCGAAUAGGCCCGGUUGCCACUCAGGUAGAUUCAGAUGCCGACAUUGCAGCCCAGGUGGACCCACCUGUCAGCACUGAGACACAUGUCUUGGCACCUCAAUCCAGCUACCAAGCAUCCGAUGCAUCCGUCUUGCCUUUGAUGCAGUUGACACCAGCCAGUUUGCUUGAGAUGCUCCCGCCCAGAACUGAUGAUGUGGAAGUUUGCAAUGGACUCAGGUUUUUGAGCAUUUCUUGGACUUGCCGCUCUGACCUGCUGGAUCGUCAGGAACAUGCUUGGGCAGAUGACGAAAUGUUGUGGCACAUGCAGGCCACAGUCAUGCAUGCAAGGAAGUCUGCGGUAGUGCUCGAUCCUCUGUUGGCAACAACAUGGAUGACCUCAGGAACAGAAACAGCAGUGACAACAUGGUUGGAAUCCAUCCAACAGCCAUCCGACCGAAUCAUUACAGCAGUGCUUAGCCACGGACAUUGGACACCUGUGAUUUGGCUUGUCAAGGCAGACAGGUUGGAAGUGCACACCAAUGAUCAUGCCGAUGUGGACUUGAAUGGACUCAAUCCUUUGCAUGGUCUCCUGUGUCAUGUCCUUGCACUCCCAUCCUACAAUGUCUCAUGUCACCGUCGCAGUUUUGGAGCGAACCUGUGCGGAGCAGCAGCCAUCGCUUUUUUGAUAGCCAAACUCAAUGAUGGCUACAUGCCAGCCACCGAAUCAGCCUUGCAAGCCUUUAGCACCAGACUGCGAGACCAGUUCCGAGUUUCCCAUGCUGAGGCGCCAAGUGUAGUACGGCCGUGGUGUUGGGGCACAGGGGCAGAUGAACUGCCCACACUCCUUGCUACAAUGUUGCAGUUUCAUGGAGUGCCACAAUCUGCAGCGAAACAACGCGCCAAGCUUGUCCUCCAGAGCUUGGGCAAGGAGUCUGUGCAGAAGGUUGGUCCAUUAGCCUCAGGUAUUGCCUUGGUCACCCAUGCGGAAGCCAUGCCAUUCCUUCAUGCAAACCAGGUCUUGACCACCAAAGGCCUGGCACUGUUGAUUGUUAAUGGCCCGCAAGAACUGAGCACAGAUUUGCAAUGGAGUUCCAUCAGAUUUGCAGCCAGAUGUGCAGUCAACCAGCAGCCGGUGUUACUUCAUGGGUUUUUGGUUCAGUUGGGUAAUGCCACAGUCUGUCCCUUCAAGCGUCCAACCAGUGUGUCAGUGCCUGAUGUCCCAGUUACAUGUGCUCGGAUCACGGUGUUCCAAGACCAAUGGCCUCAAGACUGGGAGACGUUCUCAGCACACCCAGUCAAGGAAGUUCUACAGCACAUACCUGCACUGCAAACGUGUCGCACAGAGGGCUGCACUUGCCCAAAGUGGCAUCGCGAUCCGAUGGACCAUGCACAAGAUGUCGUCCUGGAUGUCUUCAAACGUCAGUUCUUCACAGAGGGAGGCCGACCCACCAAAGCCAGUCAUGCCAGCCACUUUAGUGUGCAGAUCAGGUACUUGAAACACCAAGAACCGGCCGUGCUGCAAAGCAGUGGUCGCCGAUAUGGCAUCAGAGUCCAGGCCAGACACUUCCAAACCAUGUUUGCCAAGCUCAAACCAGACAGCCAGUUCCUGGCCCCUGGCGAACGCCUUAAUUGGCACUGCGGCCCUUGGCCAUUUGGAUCUGACCGCAAGAUGAUCGCCAAGGUGUUUGGGGACAUGCAAUGGCAAGCCCGACCAUUGCAACCACACCGUACGGUUGAGGGAGGGAUCAUGUGGCUUGUGCAAAGUGUCACGCCUCCGCCUCAGUCUGUUUGGAACAUGUCCCAUGGUCCAGUUGUUGUGUCCCAGUGUGAGUCAGCCUCAGCCAGCAUGACCCAGUCCAACCAGGUCAUAGGACCACAGGCAACGGUAGAGCUGUGUAGCACAACAGCUGCAGUUGACCCUUGGCUGACCAAAGAUCCAUGGCAGGGAGCUCUGAAAACAAUGCCUGUUCAGGCCAGUCCCAACGUGACAACCCAGAUUCAGGAACUGGAAGAACGCCUGGAGAAGACCAUUCUGGCCAAGCUCCCCUACGAGAAGAUGGACACAGACGACGACGAUGGACGAGUCAGCCAACUCGAGCUGCAGAUCCAGCAAUUGGCACAACGCCAACAAUCCCUUGAAGGGAUGGUGAACGAACACCACCACCAGCACACGGCCCAGGUACAGACCCUUCAAACACAGAUGAUGUCCCAACUUGAGGUCCAGCGAUCCCAGAUGAAGGGCAUGUUCGAUGAUCAAAUGAGCCGGUUAGAGGCCAUUUUGGCCAAGAAAGGGAUCGGCGAAGCCGACAAGCCUGGUCCAGUUCCAACCGAUCAAGCCUGUUGGUCCAUCGGGGUUUGCAACCCGAGCGGCGCAGCAGGGCAGUAUGCAGGGGUCGCAGUGGUUUCCAAGCACCCAUCCAGAGCACUUUGCUCAGAUUGGCCGCAAGACUUGUACGAGACAGGGCGGGUUCACAUUGUUGGCUCACUCGUAGGACCCAGGUACAUGGCAGGAGAUUGGAAUUUCACCCAAGACCAAUUGGCCAUCACCCAGCAACUGCUUGACGCCGGUUGGCAAGAGGUUCAAACCCUGGAGUUCCUGCGUACGGGCAUCCAGCCCCAAUACACAUGCAAGGGCAAGACACAGAAGGACUUCUUGUGGCUGUCACCAGAACUUGUAACGGCCUUCCAAGGGGUGACAAUCCAUGCCGACACUUUCCCAGAUCACGUUGUCAUGCAAGCCAACUUCAAGAUGGACUCUCAACACUUUGUGCGGCAGGAAACCCCACCGAGCAAUAUGCAGAAGUUUGGCAACAACGUGAAACCUCCGCCCAAGAGGUGUUUUGAACGCCGCCUGAUGCAAGCCAGAAAGACGGCCAGAGUCUUGGCUCACGUGCACAACCCAAACCUGGUCUUUCGUGACACCCAACGACCGGUGCCUGAACCUGUCUCCACCUUGUUGGUUCACCAAAGUUCCCAAGUUGCCGAAGUGGAUGAAGAUGAUGUUGCAAUCGUCCUUGACCCACCCUGCCUUUUUGACGAUACCAAACCUGUCAUGGUAGGAACUCAAGCCACGGAAGUUAUCCAUGCCACCGAAACCAAAGUGUACUUGGCCUCAGUCAGAGACGCACAAGUUGGCCAGCCCGUCACUCAGACUCAGCCAGUCGGAGCUUUGGACGAAGUUUUCCAAGCCUUCCACGAACAAUGGCGGAAGCGCUGGUGCAGGCAUGACCAGGUGCCUCACUCGCACUGGGAAAAUCUUAUAGCCUUUGCCAGAGAUAAGAUGCCGCAGAAUUCCUUGCCGAGCCUUGAAAUCAACCCUGCCUUGCUCCAAGCGGAAGUUGCCUUCAAGAAGCCUACCUCAGCUACAGGGAUGGAUGGAGUAUCCCGGAAAGACCUUCUGGCAGCUGGCCCCAACCUUUUGCAAAGCCUGUGCAACAUGUUCGAAAGGGCAGCUUCGGACGGCCAAUGCUUGAGCGGUUUGACAGCCGACAUAGAGAAAGCCUAUAACUGCCUCCCUAGGUACCCAGUCCUUGCCAUGGCCCUUCAUGUAGGCACACCGUUUGGCCUUUUGCAAGCCUGGUCAGGGGCGCUUGCAGGUAUGCUCCGCAGGUUCAAAGUCCGAGACAGCUUUAGCUCAGGGUUUGCCACAAGCACCGGCCUGGCAGAGGGUUGCGCCCUUAGCUGCUACGGCAUGCUCCUUGUAGAUGAUGUCAUGCACAGGUACGUCCAUGCCCAAUGCCCCAGUUUGCGGGUGCUCAGUUUUGUCGACAACUGGGACUUCUUAACUUGGGACCCUGAAGCAGCCACCCGGCAGCUGGACUUGCUUUUGGAAUUUGCCGGUUUGGUUGACCUUACAGUCGACAAGGGUAAGACGUUUGGUUGGUCGACUUCCCCAGUGGUUCGUUCCACCCUCCGUAACCAAGGCCUCCAGGUCAAACACUUUGCCAAGGACUUAGGUGCUCAUGUGGCCUUUUCGAAGCAACGUACCAACAAAACGUUAGCUCAACGACUUGACUCACUGGCACCGUUUUGGGCCCAACUCAAAAGUAGCAAAGCCAGCUAUGCCAGCAAGCUGAGAGCCCUGCGUUGCGUUGCAUGGCCAAGGGGCCUUUUUGGGGUGGCCAGUGCCCCACUGGGUUCAGCAGUUUGGUUGCGUCACCGACGUUUAGCCGUCCAAAGUUUGUCCUUUGAUAAGCCUGGCAUCAAUCCCAUGCUCCUGCUUGGGAUAGUUGAAGCUCAAGUUGACCCAGAAUGGCUAGGCAUCAUCCACACAAUAGCGAAAAGCCGCCUCAUGUGCCCUCUGGACUUUUGGGCUGCAGAACUAGCCAGUGCGGCAAACGGACACCUGGAACCUCCCCCUGCCUCACCUACAGCAGUUUUGCUGUCCAGAAUCCAGCGAUUAGGGCUCCACAUACAUGCCAAUGGACAAUGGGAAGACCCUAUCGGUCGCUUUGACCCAAGCCAACUCAACUUUGCUGAACUGCCCAUGCGGUUGCAGUGGUGUUGGUACAGGUUUGCUGCACAAGCUGUUGAGCAUCGCAAAGAUUUCGCAGGCCUGUUGCAUGCAGAUGUAGCGGCCACCAGAAGAAGCCUUGCGGCGUUACCGCCAGACCAACAGGCCCUGAUGAGGCUCAACCUUGCCGGAGGGUUGUACACUCAAGAUGCACACGCGCAUUGGAAUGAGGGCUCAGGCACUUGCAAGUGGUGUGGAGCCCCAGAUUCCAUCCACCACAGACACUACCAGUGCCCAGCAACACAACACAUCCGACAACAAGUUGCCCCUGAUGUCACCAGACUGCAAGACAGGUUGCCUGAUGCUUUGAAACUCCGCAGCUGGGCCAUUGUGCCUCCUUCCCACUUGACUUGGCUGCAAACUUUGGAUUCUACGCCCCAAACGGUUCCACCAUGUUCAGUGGAUUUGUCGCAACAUGGUUGGAACCAUGUCUUCACGGACGGUUCUUGCUUGUGGCAGUCGCUUCCAGAAGUCCGUGUCAAACUGAAGCUGAACACACCCAAUGGUGACCUUUGGAGAUGGGCGCUGGAUUCACUGGACAGGCUGGGUCUUUCCAAUGUGCAGGUGAUCAAGGUGCCCGCGCAUCGUAUGGUCGCCUCUGCGACAAACAGAACAGAGGCUUGGCAGUUUUGGCACAACAAUGCAGCAGACUGGGCCGCCAAAGUGGCUAAUCUGGAUCGAGGAAAUGCUUUCUGGACAAUUUGGCAGGCGCACGUCACCGAGGUCUUUGCGGCCAAGGAGCUCCACAGACAAGCGUGGCAAUUACAACUGCAAGUGGCACUGCUGAGCGUGAAGCAGGACCAGACCACGACUUUGGAUGAGGUUGAAGUGACAGCUCCGACAGACGAGGAGUUUCACAAAAGUUUUCGAGAUCACUGCUUGGCAAGGGAACCUUCCGUUGGAGUUUGCGACGGAGUACGGAGCAGGCAUGACCUCCAGAGUAGCAACCUGGUGGAAAGCCCGCACGGGCGCAGGGGGCACGACAGUCAAGUGGAUUUCGUUCAUCCACUUGUACCUGGAUUACCAGUUAACCUGGGGCUGCCCAGGCCCUUUGCAGAGCGGCAAGAGAUGGUUGGACUGCAAGGUGAGGCCAUACUUGGAUGCACAGAGCUAUCCGUUUCUCAAAAGACUGAAGUGGUUUCGCAGAUGCAUGAAGCAAUUUUGGAGCAAAAGCCAUCAAAAGGUGGGCUUGGAGACGUGCCGUUGUGA